AUGGCGGCGUUUGAGGUGGAAAAGUCGCAGGGAGUUCACGUCACAUCCGGCAUCUGCAUUCCAAACCAAGAACAUCAGUCCAAUGGCAACGGAGACCCAAGACGAGGGAAUCUGCACGAGAUAGCUGAAGGAGGCCAUAUAGCGACCGACAGGCAAGUCUUUCAUUUACAGGCCGACCACAGCAACGCGAGGCUUGCCGGGUUUGAGAAAGAUCUCGGCCUGCAUGGCUACGAUUACAACAAAGUGCUAACCGCAUUUUACAUCGGCUACGUCGUCUUAGAAAUGCCCUCAAGCUUCGCCUGCAAGUUUUUCGGUCCGGGGUGGUUUAUUCCCACAAUGACAGUUGCGUUUGGUUUCUUCUCGCUUCUCACAGGCUUCUGUACGAAUAUCCAGAACGUUUCCGCUGUCCGAUUCCUGCUUGGGAUGUGCGAAGCUGGAAUGCUUCCCGGAAUCGCAUACUAUCUUUCUAGGUGGUACCGACGGAGCGAGCUGGUCUUUCGUUUAUCGUUGUACAUUAUCAUGACUCCACUUGCCGGGGCCUUUGGGGGUCUGCUUGCGUCGGCGAUCUUAACGCUUGAUCGCUUGGGCUACCUACGAACUUGGAGGAUGAUAUUCAUAAUCGAAGGCACGAUUACUUGCGGCCUAGGUCUACUGUCUUUCUUCACCCUGACCGAUCGACCCGAGACAGCCAGAUGGCUUACAACUGAAGAGAAGGACCUCGCCAUAGCACGAGUGAAAUCCGAGCGAACGGCAAGCACAGAAGUACUCGACAAAUUCAACAAGAACAAAUUACUCAAGGGAAUCCUCAACCCCGUGACGCUGACAACCGCAACAAUCUUCGGCCUCGGAAACAUCACGGCGCAGGGCCUCGCAUUCUUUGCGCCGACCAUCGUCAAGAGCAUUUACCCUCAGCAUAGCGUGGUUUCACAACAGCUGCACACCGUACCUCCUUACAUUCUUGGUGCAGGCUUCGUACUCAUCUUACCCUACCUGAGCUGGAAGACUGACCGCUACCUAAUUUACUACAUCAUUGCCCUUCCGAUCACACUUUGUGGAUUUGCGAUGUUUCUCGGAACACGAAAUACGGAUGCUCGCUACGCUGCAACGUUCCUAGUGGCUAGCUCUGCAUUUCUGUUUGGAGCUUUGAGCAACGCUUUGAUAUCGGCGAAUGUCAUCUCGGACACUUCAAGGUCUGCCGCCAUAGGAACCAAUGUUCUGUUUGGGAAUAUUGGGGGAUUAGUUUCAACAUGGUCAUACCUUCCCUUUGAUGGCCCUAAUUACCCUAUCGGCAACGGGUUGAAUCUCGCGGCAAUCUCGUGCUGUUUUUUUCUCUCUGUCACGCUCCUCCUAUGGAUGAAGUACGACAAUCAGAAACGCGCCAAUAGAAAUAUCGACUCAGAGAUCAGUGGACUGUCGAUCAAGGAACUGCAAGAUCUGGACUGGCAGCAACCAGCAUUCCUUUGGAAGCCGUAA